AUGACAUUUCCUCUAGUUUCAGGUCAUGCCAAGAUCAUACACAGUGACAUCAAGGCUGCCAAUAUUCUUACUGAUAAGUACUUUGAGGCGAAGGUUGCAGACUUUGGACUUGCCAAGUUUGCCUUAGAUACAGAUACUCAUGUCUCCACAAGGGUUAUGGGAACUUUUGGAUACUUAGAUCCUGAAUAUGCAACCAGUGGAAAGCUCAGUGAUAAGUCAGAUGUCUUCUCAUUCGGAGUCGUGCUAUUGGAAUUGAUUACUGGACGCCAACCCAUUGAUAAAACUCAUUCCUUCACAACUCAUUCCUUCACUGAUGAUAGCAUGGUUGAGUGGGCAAGGCCUUUGCUCGCGCGAGCAUUGGAAAAGGGAAACAUUGAUGGUCUUGUUGAUGAAAGGUUGCAGAAUGAUUACAACUCCAGCGAAAUGGCUCGUAUGAUUGCCUGCGCUGCUGCUUCUGUGCGACAUUCUGCCCACCGUCGGCCAAAAAUGAGCCAGGUAAUCUUACAAAGUAGUUCGAGACUUCGAGCUUUGGAAGGCAAUCUUUCUCCAGAUGAAUUAAAUGAAGGAGUUAUACCAGGUCAAAGUAUGAUAUACAUUUCCUCUGAAAGCACACAAUACAGCACUCGUGAAUACAAGGAAGACAUGUUGAAAUUUAGAAAGUUAGCACUAGAAAGCCAAGAGCUAGAUCAAGGAAUUAGCUAGUGAGACCAGUGGGUCCAGCAGUGAUUUUGGCCAGCACCAAUCUGCCUCCGGUGGUGAAGGCCAACAAACCACUCAAGAUAUUGAACGCGGGCGAAUGAACAAAGACAGCCAAGACUAUAUAUGGUAAAAGCUCUUGACAACCAAUUCCCAGAUUCUUGAACAAUGCCAAUUUCUCCCACUCUCCGCCCUGUA